AUGAUUAUCAUAUCAAGAAUUGAUUUAAGUUUUACACAGUUUUUACCAAUAACAUCUGAUUUUGAUGCUUAUGGUCUAAAAAUAACUGGUAAUGAGAUUAUGUUAAUUGAAGUAUUGGGUGAUCUUCAAAUCUUCUCUAUACGAUUUUCUCCAUAUAAUUCAACAUCUGAAUCUCUUCAAUGUUCAAUUGAAUACAAUGAAUUAACACAAUAUGUACAUUCAGUGGGUGUUGGUAAAAAACAAAAUUUAACACAAUCAUAUUUCUUUUUCGCUGGUGAAAUCAUAUCAAAUAAACAAUUAUUGAAUAGUUUAUCUCACAAUACUAGUUUCUUUAUUGGUAUAUUAUCUCAUAAAGAUCCCAAAACCGACCAGAAUACAAAAACAUCAUUAAAUUGCAAUCAUUUUCAAUAUGAAUCAUUUCAAUUUAUUUCAGCGUAUGAUCAUCAAGAAUUUUUUGUCUUUAGUGUUGAACCUUAUGGUCAAUAUGCAAUAGGUUUAGCAAAAGAUUUUAUUUUUAUUUAUCAACCAUUUUCUGGCAAAAUGAUAGAAAUAAAAAAUAGUAGUCUUGUAUGGCCUACGAACACAACAUUCUUACCCAUAGCAGCUGAUACACAUGUAUUAUAUACAAUUGUUGUUGGAUUCGUUAUUAAUGGUCCUUUAUUUCGAGUUCGUGCAACUCCGACAGUUUAUGUUAUAUCAAAUUCUAAUUUGACAAUAUUAUCAAUAUGGUCUUAUACAGCUGCACUUAAUUCAUGGCAAUCAUAUUUAACUUAUUCAAAUCUUAAAAAAUGGUCAAAUCAAUAUGCUAUGUCAAUUAAUAUNUGA